AUGAGGAAAUUUGAGAACAGCAGCGAAGGAGGCGGGCGGUCCGCAGUCCACUCCGCGCCCCAAGAACAACGUCAUGAGAUGAAUUUCGAAUCAAGAUGUCCUCCGUUGAAAUGGGUGGAAUACGGAAAAGUUCGAGCACUUAAAGGAGAACUGAAGAAGCUAUUCAAGGUGUCUGCAACAACUGGCAACGGGAACAAUGAUCGAGAAUUCCAGAUCAAGAACGACAGCAACAGUCAUGCUGCAGGAACAGUGCACGAGAAGAAAUGUCUCCGACAGCUUCCACGGAGUUUACAGCUUGGAACACAAAGACUCGCCACAUCCCUCAUUCAACGGGAACAAAAGAACGACGACGGGCCCGUCUCUGAGGCAGCCGAGGAGAAACAAAGCGAAUCACAUCCGACCAACAAUCUUGACAUUUAUGGUAAAGUUGACACCAAUCUUGGUUAUUGCUCAGUUAACACUCACUUGGACGUUGAGCAAUGA